AUGUUCUGGAAGUUUGACUUGAACACCACAUCACAUGUCGACAAACUGUUGGACAAGGAGGACGUGACACUGCAGGAGCUGAUGGAUGAGGAUGACCUCCUGCAGGAGUGCAAGGCACAGAACCGGAAGCUGCUGGACUUCCUGUGUGGGCAGCAGUGCAUGGAGGAGCUGGUGAGCCUCGUCACGCAGGACCCACCCCUGGACAUGGACGAGAAGGUCCGCUUCAAAUACCCAAACACAGCCUGUGAGCUUCUGACCUCUGAUGUGCCGCAGAUCAACGACAAGCUGGGAGGGGAUGAGACCCUGCUGAACCUCCUGUAUGGCUUUCUGGACCACGAGCCUCCCCUCAACCCUCUGCUUGCCAGCUUUUUCAGCAAGACCAUUGGCAACCUCAUCGCGAGAAAAACUGAGCAGGUGAUUGGAUUUCUGAAGAGCAAGGAGGACUUCAUCGGCUUGGUGCUGCGCCACCUCGGCACCUCAGCCAUGAUGGACCUGCUGCUGCGGCUGGUCAGCUGCGUGGAGCCAGCCAGCCUCCGGCAGGAGGUCCUCCAUUGGCUUAAUGAAGAGAAGGUCAUUGAGCGGCUCGUGGGGCUAAUCCACCCAGGUCAGGAGGAGGAUAGGCAGUCCAAUGCGUCUCAGACACUCUGUGACAUUGUCCGGCUGGGCAGAGACCAGAGUGGUCAGCUGCAGGAGAUUGUGGAGCCUGAUCCCCUCCUCACAGCCCUGGAGUCGCAGGGCUGCGUGGAGCAACUGCUCAGGAACAUGUUUGACGGUGACCAGACUGAGAGCUGCCUGGUGUGCGGCACGCAGGUCCUGCUGAGCCUGCUGGAGCCUCGGCGGGCUGGGACAGAGGGUGGCUCUGUGGACUCCUUCUCUCAGGGACUCGAGCGGCCACAUAGUGUCAGCAGCAGUGUCCUACAGGGCAUCGAGCCGCGGCUGAGGGACUUCCACGGCCUACUGCUCAGCCCGCCAAAGAAAAGCGCAAUCCUGACCACCAUUGGAGUGCUGGAGGAGCCUCUGGGCAACGCCCGCCUGCACGGGGCUCGCCUCGUGGCUGCCCUGCUGCACACAAACACGCCCAGCAUCAACCAGGAGCUCUGCCGGCUCAGCACCAUGGACCUGCUGCUGGACUUGUUUUUCAAGUACACGUGGAAUAACUUCCUGCACUUCCAAGUGGAGCUGUGUGUCACGGCCAUUCUCUCCCACACCGCCCCGGAGGACAGACCACAAGCUGGUGGCAUGAGCCACCGGCCUCCUGGCUCUGAUGCCCUUGUUCUCCGUGAGCACCCUGCCCUGAUGCCACCUGUCCCUCAGCUGUUCCAGAAGUGCUGCCUGGUACAGAGGAUCCUGGAGGCCUGGGAAGCCAACGACCAUACACAGGCUGCGGGCGGCAUGCGGCGUGGAAACAUGGGCCAUCUCACGCGGAUCGCCAAUGCCGUGGCCCAGAACCUGGAGCGUGGGCCUGUGCACACCCACAUCAGCGAGGUCGUUCGAGGGCUCCCUGAGGACUGCCGGGGACGCUGGGAGAGCUUUGUGGAGGAGACCCUGACCGAGACCAACCGUAGGAACACUGCAGACCUGGUGAGCACACACCACCUCCACUCCUCCAGCGAGGACGAGGACAUCGACAGCGCCUUCCCCAAUGAACUGUCCCUCCAGCAGGCCUUCUCCGAGUACCAGAUCCAGCAAAUGACGGCCAGCUUUGUGGAUCAGUUUGGCUUCAAUGACGAGGAGUUUGCAGACCAGGAUGACAACAUCAAUGCACCAUUUGACAGGGUUGCAGAGAUCAGCUUUAACACAGACGCAGAUGAUGACAGUCCACACGUGGUGCUGUUUGAAGCCUGCUGCAGCGACCGCAUCCAGCCUUUCGACGACGACGACGACGAGGAGGACAUGUGGGAGGAUGGCGAGCUGAGUCGGUCAGCCCGGGUGACGGCCAGAGCCAGGUUUGGAGCUCCCCAAGCUGCAGAGAGCAGCACAAAGAGCGGCUCCGAGCAUGGCGGUCACAAUGGGAACACAGACACAGAUGCCCUCCUAGGGGGUGUGCCUCUAGCUGGGCACAGCCGGAGCCCCGGCCCACCAGCCCCUGUGCAGAAGGACAGCCCUGGUGUGGAGGCCGAUGUGGAAGGUGCUAGGUGGGCUGCAGUGUUUGACGAGCCCGUGAGCGCGGCACCGCAGGCCCCAGGGGUGGCCGUGGAUGUUGGCUCCAGUGUCUGGGCGGUCAGCACACCUGGUGCCUCAGGCCCAGAGGAAAAGGGCUGGGCCAAAUUCACCGACUUCCAGCCUUUCUGCUGCUCUGAAUCCGGGCCCCGGUGCAGCUCCCCGGUGGACACAGACACUGGUGACAUCCAGGGAAGACCAAACCAGGACCCAGAAAAAGCCUCCAGCCUCACUACCCCAUGUGCCUGGGACACAUGUGUCUCCAGGGUGUCUCCACUGGUGGCUUCCAACAGCGGCUCCUCUGGGUCCUCGGAGAGAGAGGACGUCAAGCAGAGGGUAGGGGGCGUCCACGAGGGCGCUGGCUCGGAUGUCAGCCAGGGGACUCAACAGGCCAUGGAAUCCUCCACUCGAAGGGUCGACCCCACGUCCCAGGGCUCUUCCACCAGCACCCCUGUCACUGCAGACGCGGCUCAUGCCCCAACUGAGGCCAUGGUCCCUGUAGCAAACAAAGCAGUCACCACAGCAGUGAGCAAGGCUGGGCCCACUGCAGUCACUUCUACUGCACUGGCCGUGGUGGCACCCCCAGGGCCCAUUGUGGCAGUCACCACAGUGGCCUCCCUGGGGACAGAGGACAGGAAGACUGACCCGCCGCCACCAGGGGGCGCCACGUCCAAUGGCCCUGUGUGA